GCCCCUGCCCGGGCCGCUCUCGCCUGCGCUGCGGGCCUCGGGGACGCGGGGUCGGGGCCCCGAGGUGGCCGCGCCACUGCCGGUGGGCACGGCCCCCUGAGCCCCCGCCAGGCACCAUGGACUGGAAGACGUUCCAGGCCCUGCUGAGCGGCGUGAACAAGUACUCCACGGCGUUCGGGCGCAUCUGGCUGUCGGUGGUGUUUGUCUUCCGGGUGCUGGUGUACGUGGUGGCCGCAGAGCGCGUGUGGGGGGACGAGCAGAAGGACUUUGACUGCAACACCAAGCAGCCCGGCUGCACCAACGUCUGCUAUGACGAGUUCUUCCCCAUCUCCAACAUCCGCCUCUGGGCCCUACAGCUCAUCUUUGUCACCUGCCCCUCGCUUCUGGUCAUCCUGCACGUGGCCUACCGCGAGGAUCGGGAGCGGAGGCACCGCCUGAAGCAUGGUGACCAGUGCGCCAAGCUAUAUGACAACACGGGCAAGAAGCAUGGUGGCCUGUGGUGGACCUACCUCCUCAGCCUCAUCUUCAAGCUCCUCAUCGAGCUCCUCUUCCUCUACGUGCUGCACACUCUCUGGUACGGCUUCGGCAUGCCACGCUUGGUGCAGUGUGCCAACGUGGCACCCUGCCCCAACACCGUGGACUGCUACAUCGCCCGGCCCACCGAGAAGAAGGUCUUCACCUACUUCAUGGUGGGCGCCUCAGCUGUCUGCAUCGUGCUCACCAUCUGCGAGAUCUGCUACCUCAUCUUCCACAGGCUCCUGCGAUGCCUGAACAAGGACAGGCCCCGGCGGGGCCUCAGCCCCUCGUCCUCCACCUGCCGCUGCCACCACAAGCUGGUGGAGGCUGGGGAGCUGGGUCUGGACCCAGGCGAUGACAAGCUGCAGGCUUCAGCACCCAAGCUGACCCCCACCUGACCCCGGGGCUGGGGGUCACACUGGGGCUGCCGGCGGGACAGGCAGGGAGGUGCUGCAGGGUGGAGGGUCCCUUGGGGGCUGGGUACCCCAGUUUGAAUUCACUAAGCUAUCCAAUUUCCCUUUCGGCAGAUGCUUUUUGGUGCUGUCCACUGGGCUGUCCACCUGCGGACAGGUAAUCCACAGGCCCAGCGCCAGCCCUCAGAGGAGACAGGCUAUAUGCGUGCCAUGCAAGGGGUCGCUUAGGGCGCUCACAGCAGGGCUUCUGGCUAACCCAGGAGGAGUGAUCGGGCAGAUCAUGUGCCAGAGAGGUGAGAAGAGCUCCCAAGCAGAGACAACAGCAGGCACAGGAGCCUGGAGGCCACACAAAGAGAAAUGUUUGCCCUGGGCUGGACUCGGGACCAAAAGGACUCUUCCCUCCCCUGGGAGGAGCUGCCCAGAUUCCCAAGGUGGAGAGGUCUUCUCCCAGCAGCCGGAGGUCUGGCAGCUGGAGAGUGAGCUUGGGAAGGUGCUGGAGACACCCAGGGGUCCUCGUGUCGCUACUUCCCUCAGAGGAGCCCCCCUCCCCCAAACCCUGCUCCAUCUUCCUCCCCGCAGCCCCCUGCCAGGAACAUCCCCAAGGUGCUUUCCUUGCAAUCAGUAAAGGCCGAGUUUUAUACA